AUGCUCAGCCGUGCAAUUCUGUCAAAGAUCCAUCACCACCUUCUCACCAACGACUACAUCCGUCACCAGCACAUUACUGAGGGAGACAAACACGACGUCUACGUCUACCUCGGUAAAGGACCAGGAGACCUUACAGCUCGACAUCGCCACUCAAACAUAUUGCGCCUAAGUUCAGCGGUCGAAAUACUGCAUGGCCAGCAGUAUAACCGCACGCCUGCACAUAGACUCGACGCCUAUGUGUAUCAGGCGCUUAACGUAGCAACGUCGGCCUUUGAUGGGGCAGACGGAAGUGACAUCGAGGAUUUCAGAAGCCUUCUGAUGCUCGAAAGUAGCAUCAAUAAUACCUUUUGCUACUGCGAGCAGUGCCCGGUUGGCACGACAGUGCUUAACCAUAUCCACGAACGUGCGGGUGAGCUGCCCCGCCAGCUGCAAGGCCGUGUCGCACAGGUAGGACUUGGCCAAGAAGCCAAGAUUUUCAGCCUCGAGCAGAUAUGGCUGGAUAUUCCCAAGGUCCACAUCCCCGACGAAGAUCAGCCGUGGGACCGAUGGGAAGAGUUGGAGCACGGGCAAUACCGUGAGAGAUGCAGCAGUGACUGUUCGAACCUGGACUGCUCUCUCCACGAGGAUCUCCAGCCAUGGUACCAUCCUCUGGGCAAUCCAGACACCACCAAUUGGCCGUACGACGUCCCGGACGAGUACGACUACGACAGCGAUGGCACGGACCCUGACGCCGAAAACCACUACGGCCUGUAUUAA